CACAUACGGACUACGGAACAAUGUUUUUUCUCUUCCGUAGUUUUCUAUGUAAAAAUUGUUGGAUUUUCAGAGCAUUGACAGCAAGACAAGGAUGAAGACUUGUAGUGAGAGAGAGAGGGAAGCCCUAGAUAUUUCGGUCUGACUGGACUGUAGAGGAGAAUGCUUUUGUUAUCUUGACAAAAAACGGUUCGUAUAAUAUUGACAAGGUUUGUUUUGGCUUCAGAUUUGGUUUGUCUUGUUUUAGCAUUUGUUCUUGUUUAUUUGAUGAUUCAGUUGUUAACUACCCACUUCUUUGCUGCUAGCGAUAACACUGUAAUAUCUGAAAUCCAGUUAUAUAUAAAGAUUGAAUCUUUACUAUAUAUCACCAAAUGGGUUUCUGUUUCAUUUCUAGGAUCUAGUGGGUUCCUCUCUUGCUCUGUUCUUUGUUUCAGAUCUUUGUCUAACUGUUCUUGAUUUUACUGCAAACAAACAGCUCAUUGGAUUUGGUUGACCUUGGUUUGACUGCUCUUUUUACUUUGCUACAUAGAAGAAGCCGUAUUUUUUUUUAUUUUGUGGAGCUUGAAUCGUCUUCAUCUUAAUAAUAAAACUCUGGUCAAGAUGAUGUCCAAAUCGUAUACCAACUUAUUAGAUCUAGCCUCCGGGAAUUUUCCUGCUAUGGGGAAAGAAAAGAGACGCCUUCCCAGGGUAAUGACGGUGGCCGGAGUGAUUUCUGAGCUGGAUGAUGAUCAAGCCAGUAGUGUUGCUUCAGAUGCUCCUUCAUCUCUGGUUGUUGAGCGUGUGAUAAUUGUAGCCAAUCAGCUCCCUGUAAAAGCCAAACGCAGGCCGGAUAAUAAGGGGUGGAGUUUUAGUUGGGAUGAUGAUUCUUUACUGCUGCACAUGAAAGACGGGUUACCGGAUGAAAUGGAGGUUAUAUAUGUGGGUUCUUUAAGGGUCGAAGUUGAUUCAAAUGAGCAAGAUGACGUUUCUCAGUUGCUCCUAGACAGGUUCAAAUGCGUCCCGGCUUUUCUCCCGCCAGACAUUUUAAGCAAGUACUACCACGGGUUCUGCAAACAACAUUUGUGGCCCCACUUCCAUUACAUGCUCCCUUUCUCUGCCAGCCACGGCGGUCGGUUCGAUCGGUCAUGGUGGGAGGCCUAUGUAGCGGCUAAUAAGAUCUUCUCUCAAAAGGUCAUAGAGGUAAUUAACCCCGAGGACGACUACAUUUGGAUCCACGACUACCAUCUCAUGGUUUUGCCAACCAUACUGCGUAGGCGUUUUAACCGGUUAAGGAUGGGGUUUUUCCUGCACAGCCCGUUCCCGUCAUCAGAGAUUUACCGGACACUCCCUGUCCGGGAGGAGAUUCUGAAAGCGCUGUUGAACUCUGAUCUGAUCGGCUUCCAUACAUUUGACUACGCCCGCCACUUCCUCUCUUGUUGCAGCCGGAUGUUGGGUUUGGAGUAUCAGUCCAAACGAGGGUAUAUCGGGUUAGAGUACUACGGCCGGACCAUCGGGAUCAAAAUCAUGCCUGUGGGCAUCCACAUGGGUCAGUUUGAAUCGGUGUUACAGCUCCCGGAUAAAGAAUGGAGGGUAGAGGAGUUGAAACAACAGUUUGAGGGUAAGACGGUCAUUCUGGGUGUCGAUGAUAUGGAUAUUUUUAAAGGGAUCGAUCUGAAACUUUUGGCAAUGGAACAGAUGCUAUUGCAGCACCCAAAGUGGCAGGGAAGAGCGGUUUUAGUACAAAUUGUCAACCCCGCCCGGGGGAAGGGGAAGGAUCUUGAGGAAAUACAAGAAGAAAUAAAAACAAGCGUGAAAAGAAUCAACGAGAGGUUUAGCCAGCCCAGGUAUCAACCGGUUGUAUUCGUAGACCGGUCUGUUUCUCUUAGUGAACGGGUCGCCUACUAUACCAUUGCGGAGUGUGUGGUGGUGACGGCCGUGAGGGACGGUUUGAAUCUCACUCCGUACGAAUACAUUGUCUGUAGACAAGGAGGAGCCCCAAAGAAGAGUAUGUUAGUGGUGUCCGAGUUCAUUGGGUGUUCGCCGUCCCUUAGUGGGGCAUUGCGGGUCAACCCAUGGAAUGUCGAAGCUACAGCCGAAGCGUUGAACGAUGCGAUCUCAAUGACCGACGUGGAGAAGCAGCUGCGUCAUGAGAAGCAUUACAAGUACGUCAGCACGCACGAUGUGGCGUAUUGGUCUAGAAGCUUCUUCCAGGAUCUGGAGAGGAGUUGCAAAGACCAUUUUAAGCAACGGUGUUGGGGGAUCGGUCUGAGUUUUGGGUUUAGGGUGGUGGCGCUCGACCCAAAUUUCAGGAAGCUGUCAGUUGACGCGAUUGCUUCCUCUUACUCGAGAGCAAAAAACAGAGCUAUUUUGUUGGACUAUGAUGGGACGGUCAUGCCUCAAACCACCAUCAAUAAAAUACCUAGUCAACAAAUCAUAUCAGUGAUUAGUGCAUUGUGCGAAGAUGCUAAGAAUACUGUGUUCCUUGUGAGUGGAAGAGGAAGGGAUAGUUUGGGGCACUGGUUUUCAGAUUGCAAGAAACUGGGCAUUGCCGCAGAGCAUGGAUACUUUUUGAGGUAAAGGCGUGUAAAGUGCUGUUUCAUUGCAAGAUUUUAUUCUUAUUUUUUAAAUACCAUUUAAGCAAUGCGGGAGAGAGUUUUUCUAAUACUUUUUGUAGUGUUAUUCAUAGCUGCCACUUGAUACUCAAAACAAUCAUUAAGAGCCAUUUGGUAAAACAUCAUUUGGUUGAAAGCAAAAGGCUACUUAUUUUGUUUAGUAUUGAGUGACAUUCAUUUGUGUUACCAAAUAAGUAAUCAAACUAACCAUUUGAUCCAGGUGAAUUUUGGGGGGAAAGUAGGGAAGAUAGAAGUAGGGGUGGAAAAGAAAUUGUGGUUUACUUGAGGAGAAAUAAAACCCCGAAAGGGUAUGUUUGGAACCUUGAAAAUGCUAGGUGUAGAAAUAAUGAAUAUGAAGAUGAAAAUUUGAAGGAAUGAAAGGUGAGGGAAAAUAAAAUACAAGUUCAAUCUAAAUAAAAACCAAUUUUCAGCAUAUAUGUGAGAGCAAAAAAUCAGCCAACAAUAUGUUUCAGCUUAUUUAUUUAUUUAUUUCAUGUAAAGAAUAAGGAAGUCUAAAUAUACUUCUUUUUCAAUAACAAACUAAAAUGUAAAAUGUAUUAUGCUUUUUACCAAAAUAGAGUUGAAUUUGACAGGUGGACAGGUGAUGAAGGGUGGGAAACUUGUGGUCUAAGCACAGAUUAUGGGUGGAAACAGAUGGCAGAACCUGUAAUGAAAUUAUAUACGGAAUCUACCGAUGGUUCUUCAAUUGAGACGAAAGAGAGUGCUCUGGUUUGGCAUUACAGUGAUGCAGAUCUUGGUUUUGGGUCCAGCCAAGCAAAGGAGAUGUUAGACCAUCUUGAAAGUGUUCUUGCAAAUGAACCUGUUGAAGUUAAGAGUGGGCAAUUCAUUGUUGAAGUCAAACCUCAGGGUGUGAGUAAAGGUCUUGUUGCAGAGAAGAUAUUCAGAUGUAUGGCUGAGGCUGAGCAGAAGGCUGAUUUCGUGCUGUGCGUAGGGGAUGACAGGUCAGAUGAGGACAUGUUUGAGGCGAUAGGGGCUGCCCUGGAAGGCGGCAUUCUCUCCUUCAAUUCCUCUGUCUAUGCGUGCACAGUUGGCCAGAAACCAAGCAAAGCUAAGUAUUAUGUCGACGACACGGCAGAGGUCAUUAAUGUUCUUGAAGCUCUUGCCCAGGAGUCCGGUCCCGUCACACAUUCUCUAGAAGUUUCCCCCCAAAGCCGUUUGACGUAGUAGCCACUCACCAUUGCUUUCCUAGCUCUCUUAUCCUGAAUACCAAACCGAUCUGAAUCUCUCUGCAAACGGAAUCCUAUGGUUAGUUGGAGCAUUGGUUCUGUAAGCAUGCAUAGGAAGCAUGAAAGUGUAUACAAUUUCUGUUUUAUUAUUUAUUUAUGUAGGAAAUGAGAUUUUUGUCUCUUUUUUCGGGGGGUUAGGACUGAUUCUUGGAUUGAUUCCGUUGUACAGAAAUCUUUCUUGUUUCUAUUCAUUGUGUUCCAAUGCUUCAAAAGUUUCUGGACGUCACAAUAAGAUUAUCUGGGUUAAUAGGAUACACACAUACAGAAAUCUAUCUUGUUUCUCUUCAGACGCCUAAUAAGUUUACACUUUGACUUCACACAUAUUAAGGAAAUAAAUUUGAUUUUACUGUAGAGUACACUGUUUGAUACUGUUUUACACUGUUUGGUAUAGAUUUGUUUUAGGGGUGGAUUCGGUUUGGGCCACCCGGUCCGUGACCCAGCCUGGUACUGUGCGGGCCCGGGACCGGCCCGGUUGGGCAGUCCGGGACCGGGUGUAGACCCGAACCGGUGGGAAUGGGCGGGGCGGGCACGGUUCCGGAAAAAUGCGACCCGGCCCGGCCGGGUCGGGCUCGAGUCCGGG